CUGAGAGUUGUAUAAGUAUUGCAUUCAGGCUUCAUCUUACUUGAAUGUUGGGUUCAGUCUUGUCAUUCAUUGCUGGUUGGAAUUGCGUGAAGUUCUUUCCGGCUUCUUCAUUCUAGUGUUGCUUGGAAGGUGGGUUUGUUUUGCUAUUGCUUUCACAGUUUUUAUGUCUUCUUUUAUUUAGGGUUUCAUAGUCCAUUUAUUUAAAUGUACCAGGACUCUCUCCUGGUUCAGAGAUGAUCAUGUAUGACAACAAAUCAGUGCGAGCAGCCCAUGAGGCUUUUGUGACAGGACACACUGGUUCAACAGCUAUUGAUGUCAUAUUGGCAAUAUAUCCUGUAAUACCAGCAUCUCUUCUUGCUGCGUGUGUUGUGAAGGGGCGUAUGGGAUGGCUUUGGUUUUUUAUAGAUAGUUUUUUACUGGUUGUUCCACCUACACUUGGAUUUACAGUACUGGCAAACUAUACCCUGGAAGUGAGUGCAGUGCAGAUAUUGCUCGCUGGUUUAGUCCUAAUUUGUACAUCUCAUCCACUACAGGAUUCCUUCCUGAAUAAUUCAAAGCACUUGGCAUGUUUGACUGCAAUGAGAGCUAUAUUGAAUGUAAAUACAGCUGUUGCUAUCUUGGGUGUGGAUUUUCACAGUUUUCCAAGGAGAUUUGCCAAGACAGAGGAAUAUGGAUAUAGCGUAAUGGAUGUGGGAGCUGGAGGGUUUGUUGUUGUGAACGGUUUCGUUGAAGGUCGGAAGAGAAGGUGCUACAAGUCUGUGAUGGUUGAUGCUGUUGUCCUUGCCAUCUUGGGUCUUUUGAGAGUCAUAUUUGUUCAUAUGUCAGAUUACCAGCAUCAUGUAACAGAGUAUGGGGUACAUGGCAAUUUUUUCUUCACACUGGCAUUUAUUAAGGCUACUUGUUCAUGGUGGGUAUAUCACCUGACCUGGUCUUCAGGUACUAUACUAGCAAUUUUGCUGUGUCUGUGCCAUCACAUUUUAUUAACUGCUGGCAAUCUUGGUUCAUGGACACUGAGUAAUGUUCCAAGAGAUAAUCUUCUCACUGCAAACAGAGAAUGGAUUGUAUCAAUGCCAGGUUAUAUGGCUGUUUAUUUCUUUGGCACUGCAAUGGGGAACUACAUGUUCAGGAGAAGAAAUGAGGGAAAGAAGCUCACAACAUCAUUCCUUGUGAUUACUGCUAUUUUCAGCAUCUCCUUUGUUGUCUUAGGCCAUUAUGUGGACUUGCCGUCUCGUAGACUUGGCAACCCCACCUUUGUUACUUUUGUUAUGACGUAUACUUCAAUAGGUUUUGCAAGUUUUUCAUUGAUAGAGGAAACCCUGUCACCUGUAUUGUGUGUUCCACCUACUUUGGCUUCCAUCAACCGUCGGCCACUCAUUUUCUUCCUGCUAACUAAUGUAACCACAGGUCUCAUCAACAAAAGUAUCAAUACUUUAACAGUGGAAUAUCCAUAUGAUGUUUGUAUUAUUUCUUGUAAUAUUGUUGCGGUUCUUAGUGUUGUAUAUGUUUUGUACUGUUGGGAUAUUAGGAACCAAAAUAAAGAAAAACAUGAAAAGUUAGCAUAAUAUAAUUUUUUACUCAGUGAUUCACCCAAACAAUUUCUGGUCAUUCUGAUUAAUGUAACAUUGUCAUUAACUUUAAAAUCUUUCAUUGUGAAUUUGUUUAAUAUGUAUAUUUUCUUCAUUUUCUAUUUUGUAAAAUGUGUGCCUAUUUAUAUUAUAAUGAUUACUCAAAGGAUGAGGUAAUGUAAAUGCAGUGACACUGAUUGGUGUUGUCUGUAAUUGGGGGAAUUGUGACUACUUUAGCUCUGAUGCAUAAGAUCUUUUUAUCAGAAAUGCUUCUUAAGCAUUUAAAAGUUAAUCAAACAUAUUAUUGUACAACAGCUAUCAGAAAUUUCUGUAGUCUCAGCUGCCAACAGUCUCUGUAAUGCAUUGACAAAGAAGAGCCUGUUGUGGUUUGUUCUGUUCAUUAGUCACAAAGGUUAGGACUCUGAAACUGAAUUGCAUUGAAAAACACAUUGUCCAUAUUGAUUUGCCUGAAGCUGAGCAGAGGGGGAACAGGGAGAUGGGUUUGGCAAAAACCAUAUGGUUAGGUUUAAUUUAUAUAAUUUACUCACCCAUUUUUAGUGCUUCUUACUUUUAUUCUUCACCAUCUCAAAGUCUCCUGUUUUCUGUAUUUAGUCUUCAAUGGAAAGGAGACAUUAGAAAACAUUCUUCUGAAAAGAGUUACAAAUGCUUUACCCAUUCCCGACGGGUAUGUCAUGUAUGUCCAUACCAUGCUCUAUCAGUUUACUUGUUUAAUUGUUUUUACACAUAGAUGACUACACUUGUACUAAAUCACCAAUGAGCCAAUUACGAGUACUGCCUGUCUUGCCCGUUCACCCUUUUCUUUAAUUUACAAAAAUAUUUUACGUUAUCUUAUUUUGCUAUUACUAAUGUUUAUAACAUUAUAGUAAUUAUAAUGUUUAUAAUAAAAAUAACACUAUCAAUAUUCAUAGCACUAGUUAAAAAUACAUUUUCCCGCCAAUUCUUGGAAAGGUGAAAUCAGGUAAGGUGAAGCAUUAGCAGAGCCAUCUAUGUGCAGAGACAUUUCACAAAAAAAAAAAUAAAUAAAUAAACACAGCAUUUUUUCCUAUUUUUUAUUAAUUUUCCACAGCGGUAAUGGGUUAAACUGGAAGAAAAUAAACAACCAAAGUAUAUGUAAAUUAUUAUUUAGCAGUAAAGAUGUGAAAUUUUA